CCGUACGGACGUUUUACCCGCCUAACCGGACGUUCACCCUCCACGUCGUAUUUACACCACUUGAUAUUAAUCGUAACGAUAAUAUAUGCGCCCGUGCACACUAUAAUAUAUAUUUUUUUAAUAUAUAUCAUGUGUUGUAUUGUGCACAUUUCGAGCUGUCGACGCAUACAGUGACGUAACGAUUGAGUAUUGUAUCACGGUGUUGUCCCGAGUUUCAGCAACAGGUAUCUGUCCGAAAAUAUAUCCUUGGUACGCUGCCGGCAGUGUUGUUCCUGUACAACUUAUCCGGACGGACGAUGAUAUCGUCGUCGGCAGUCGGGUAACGCUGCUUCAUCACCGGUGUCCGGUUUGAUAUUGUUAUUAACGCUCGUCGGUCGAGUUAAUAAUAAUAUACCACCGCAGCGUGGAGGAAAAGGAUCGGCAGCAGUGGGUAUAGGAUCGUCGAGGAGCAUAGGACGAGCAGUAGCAGGAUGGUCAUCGAACCGGGCCUGAUGGACAUGUUGGGCAACUCGCUGUUCGACAUGCUGGCACCAGUGUCGUCCACCGAGUCGUCGGCCGUGGCGUCCACAGUGUCGACGCACGGAUCCGGCGACGGUUCUGGUGGUCGCGUCGACGGUUCCGGGACGGCCGUGGACGACGACGAAGACGACGGAAGCGGAAUGGGCGGCGGUUCCGGGGCCGGCGGUUCCGGUGGCAUCGGCCCCGGCGAGCUCUGGUACAGGCACAGCCCCGCCAUGACGGCCGUCUACUGCUUCGCGUACACCAUGGUAUUCCUGGUCGGGUUGGUCGGAAACCUGCUGGUGGUGUCCGUCGUCUGCCGAUCUCCCAGGAUGCGCAACGUCACCAACUACUUCAUCGUCAACCUGGCCGUGGCCGACAUACUGGUGCUCGUCUUCUGUCUGCCCGCCACGCUCUUGUCCAACAUCUAUGUCCCGUGGAUCUUGGGAUCGUGGAUGUGUAAGAUCGUGCCGUAUGUCCAGGGAGUUUCAGUGGCAGCGUCUGUGUACAGUUUGAUCGCCGUUUCAGUAGACAGGUUCCUGGCCAUCUGGUACCCGCUGAAGUGUCAGAUCACCACGCGUCGCGCCCGGUACAUCAUCGGCAUCAUCUGGCUGGCGUCGACCACCAUCACCAUACCGUGGGCGCUGUUCUUCGACAUGGUGGCCAUAUUCAAAGACGCGCCGAGCCUGGAACUGUGCCUGGAGGUGUGGCCGGACUACCUGGACGGCAACCUGUACUUCCUGCUCGGCAACCUGGGCCUGUGCUACGUAGUGCCCACGGUGGCCAUAUCGCUGUGCUACGCGAUGAUCUGGGUGAAGGUGUGGCGGCGGACCAUACCCACGGACAACAAGUGCGCGCGCAUGGAGCGCAUCCAGCAACAGAGCAAGGUGAAGGUGGUGAAGAUGUUGGCCAUGGUGGUGGUGCUGUUCGUCGCGUCCUGGCUACCGCUGUACGCGAUAUUCGCCCGGAUCAAGCUCGGCGGCCGGCUGGUGCCGUGGGAGGAGGACUUCCUGCCGGUGGCCACGCCGAUCGCGCAGUGGCUGGGCGCGUCCAACAGCUGCAUCAACCCGGUGCUGUACGCGUUCUUCAACCGCAAGUUCCGGCGCGGGUUCACCGCGGUGCUGCAGAGCCGCCGGUGCUGCGGCACGCUCCGGUACAACGAGAACCUCCAGCACUCGGCGUCGGCCAGCGGCAACGGCGGCGGCAAGGCGUCCUCGUACUACAUCACCAACCACCACGCGUACACGAAACGGCAGUCCAGCCAGGAGACGAACGUGUCGUACAUAUUCAACGUCUGAACGCACACGCGACGCUACGCCGCUCCCCGCGCACCACGCGCGAACGAUAAUAAUUCAUUACGAUGCGUAUGCCGUGCACAUCGUCAUCGCAGUAGUUGUUGCUCCGUCGUCGUCACAAUAUAUAAUAAUAAUAAUAAUAAUAAUAAUAAUAAUAAUGAUAAUGAUAAAAAUUAUAAUAAUUAUAUCAUUGUAUCGACGGUAAUGAUCAACAAUAAUAAUCACAAUAAUAUGUAAUAAUAAUUCGAAAGAAAAACCUCCUUCAAUGACGUCGGAAGUGUUUUCAGGUCCGGCGGCGGGACGCUCUGUUGUAUACUUUACCUGUGCCCCUUAUACGGUCGUACGCGUAAUACAAUAUACAGCGGUAUAAUAUUAUGAUGUGUCGAGGGUUUCCCGCCGCCAAACAUCCAUACAUUAUCGAUAAUACAAUUUUAUACAUAAUAAUCGCACACAUACCACGUACUACCUAUACGUAUAUUGUACUGCCGAUGCACACUGUACGUGUACAUGUUAUGAUUUGUAAUAAUAAUAUAUAAUAAUAAAUGUAACACGUCGCCAUCUAAAUAUUAUAAUAAUAAUAAUAUAACAAUAACGUAAUCGUUUUAGGCGAAAUUCGAAAACGCGAAAUUAUGCGCAAUUUUCACACCUAAACAAUAAUAUUAUAUCAAUUAUUAUAAUAAUGAUAAAAAAAAAAAAAAAAACAAUAUUAUAACGUAGUCCAUCGAAAUAAUAAUUACUAUAUAA